AUCCAGGGCGUCGUGAGACACAAGAAGCGUGUCCCCGAGACAUGCUGAGACAGAAGACACGAUGGCGAACCACGUGUGGAAACUAACACGGGACCGAGAAGCCAUGGAGCUGUGUGUCCGGCGGGACAGCGACAUCUCCGGGGACGAGAUCUCCUCCGACAGCGAGUUGUCCUUCGACUCCGAGGCGGAGGAGGACAUGUUCCUGGACAGGAAGGACAUCAAGAGGGAACCAUCUGAUGUGACCUGGGAGCCAGAGUCUUCACAGCCAGCCAGCAAGCGUCCACGUGGAGAGGAGGAGCAGGACAGCAGGACAAGACCGAGAGGCAGAGGACGGGGGGGCAGCAGCAGAGCCAGGUUGUCCACCAGCACACCUGGAGAGAGGUGGAAUGAUGUGGACGAUCCGGACAUCACACCACCACAGCCCACCUUCUGCCCCGCCCAGUCACCAGGACCCCAGCUGGUACGCUCAGCUACCUACACGGCCCUGCAGCUGUUUCAACUCUACUUCACCAGCUCCGUUUUACAGACAAUAAUUCAAAACACGAAUGAGUUUGGCUCGACAGCCAACAGCCGGUGGACUGAUGUGACAAUGGAGGACAUGUUUUCAUACAUGUCCUUGGUUAUUUACAUGGGUGUAGUGAAAUGCUCUGCACAUGCAGAUUACUGGCGACAGGAUCAACUGUACAACUUGCCGUUCCCCAGACAGGUGAUGAGCUGCAGGAAGUUCCUCCGGAUCACCAGGGCACUUCACCUCAGCAGCUUGAAGGAGGACGCUGCUAACGAGAAGAAGAGAGGCACAGCCGCCUACGAUCGACUCAGCAAAAUAAAACCACUCUACGAGGAGAUGAGGGAAGCCUGCAAAAGGAACUACCAGCCGAGGCAAGACAUUGUCAUCGAUGAGCGAAUGGUUUCCUCCAAAGCCAGCACUGGACUCCCAUCGAAGAAGGGCUACAGGCUGUUCGUCCUGGCGGACUCAACGAGCGGUUACACGUGGGACUUCUUUGUCUACGAGGGAAAGCUGCAGGGAAAUAGUGGCAACGGGGUCACUUACGAUUGUGUGAUGGCGUUCCUCGACCCACGGCUGCGGGGCUCGGGCUACAAGCUCUUUGUGGACAAUUUUUAUACCAGUCCCGCCCUUUUCCUUGACCUCCUUGAGAUGAAGGUGUGGGCGUGCGGAACCAUCCGCAAGAACAGACUUGGUGUCCCAGAAACCGAUGUCCACGUUCUGGACUCAAAAUCUCCCCUUGGCAGUAUUCGCUGGAUCCGGAGGGACUCUGUCCUCUUUGUCCAGUGGCGAGACACGAAGGACUUCUUCAUGUGCUCGACCAUCCACACGGCCCAUUCGGAGGAGACAGUCCAGAGGAAAGUCCAAGGUGCUGAUGGGCGGCGGGCAGUGAAGGACAUCCCAGUCCCACCAGCAGUGAACGAGUACAACGGGUGUAUGGGUAGAGUGCACGUCUCUGACGGCCAGAUGGGAUUAUACAAGGUCCUCCACAAGACCACCAAGUGGUACAUGAAGUUCUUCUACUAUUUCAUGGACAUCGGGAUUGUGAAUGCCUUUCUCCUCCACAAGGACCUGGCGAAGAGCCGAGGAGCCAGACCUCUGAGCCAGAAGGUCUUCAGGGAGACCCUCAUCGAGGAGCUGGCAGAGGCGGGGUCUCCCUCCACAUCCACACGUGUACCACCUCCUGCUCCAGUCUCAGUACAUCACAGGCCGGUGUAUAUCACUGGGCACAGCACCAAUGGUCGGCUGGCUUGCAGGAAGUGCCACGCAAAGACGCCGGUGAAGUGCCGCUCCUGCAACGUGCCGUUGUGUCUUCUCCCCCAUCGUGACUGCUACAACGAGUGGCAUGAGGCCCAAAACCUGUAAACUGUUUAUAUGUGUAAAUGUAAAUAGUUUGCCGUGCUUUCAAUUUA